AUGGAGCCACAAGCUUUCAUGCCGAUGCAAUGGACUACUCUCAUACCAGGAGUGGAGCGGUUGCAUUUCAAGGUCUGCCUACUGGCCCCGAACUUCAACCCACAACACUUCCUCUAUCGACUCAACAAAGCCCGCGACAACGAAAGCAGACGUGACCCUCUCUUCGACCCCGAUUCGAGAGCAUGGAAGCCAGUCAUCUACGAGUACGAGCUAUUCACCUCGCAGUUUGCGUGGCAAGAACAGGACGGCGCCAUCACUGGACAGCGUAAUGUCCAUGAAAUCGCCACAGAAGACAACAACUGCGCUGCACGAGACUUUCUGCUCUGCGUGGCUGAGGCAGCUUGCGAUGUAUUGAAGGUCGCUACUGUGGCCGCAGAAGUCCUCAUCAAAGACAUGAGACUGCGUGUGGGUGCGGGUGUGGAGGAUCGCGUCGCAACUGUCGUCGCAACUGUGGCCCAGGUUACUGGCAAGGCGCUUUCUGACUCAUCGACCUUGUUUCGUUCCUCGCCAACAUAUCGACUGUGUAAGACUUAG